AUGGCGAAAAUUCGAGGAACUCAGUGCUGUGUUUUUGGCUGUGCAAAGCGGAAAAAAAUUGGAGAAAACAAAGGAGAAUCACGUAGUGAUAGCGAAGGAAGUGAUGAUGAAGAGUCAGUGGUAAAAAGGAAAUUUCCUAGAUCAUUUUAUCGGUAAUGGAACGAUCAUUACUAAUGGGAGGGGGGCGGUGGGUGAUAAAUACCAAAUAUUAAAUUUUUUUUAGAGCUGCCUCCAAUCCCAACACCUUUAUUUUCAAGACACCCCACCUUCAUCUAGAAAACUUAGGACCCCCCCCCCACUGGGGACCAGUAUUCAAAAUGGUUGUUAUUUACUCCGACUCCUAUGGUGAAUUGCUAUAAACUAUGGAAACUACGAUUAUAGACACUGGAGCGUAGCCUGAAAACAGGCCUAUCAAAAUCAGAGUAAACCUUUUUAGCUCCUAAAUGAGUAUGAAAGUAUUAAAAAAUUGGGGUCGCCCCUUAGUUAUAAAACCGCCCUCCAUUUCUCGCCCACCUCCCCUCCCAUUAUUAAUGACCGGUCCCUCAGAAAAGUUAUGCAUGAUACAUGUGGGCCCAUAUCCUGGCAUGGGAUGUGCAGGUUGGGAAUACCAAAGGGUCGGGUGUCUCUAAGGAUAGAGAGAGAGGAAAUACAGGUAUUUAGAUAUGAAUAAAAACAUUGUAAUAAGACUAUAAAACACCAAAAGUAAUAAAACGAUAAUAACUAUAUUAUAAUUGAUAAUUACAACAAUACAGUAAAGUACCUAAUUACAAUUUUUAAACAAUUUGAUAAAACCCUCUCUAAUAGUUUACCAACUGAUGAAAAUAAGAGAAAACAAUGGGUAGAAAAAAUACAUCGCAAAGAUUGGUGUCCAAGCAAGAGUUCGAUUGUCUGCUCAGACCACUUCAUGGAAUGUGAUAUUGACAGAAGUGGCCAAAAACCAAGACUGAAGGAUAGUGCGGUACCCACACGAUUCAAAAAAUUCCCAAAAUACCUCAAAAAGGUGAUCUGAUCAAGAUGUGUAAAAAAUACCAUGCUCACUCACAAUAAUUGUUAUUUUAAUUUCCAAUACUUCUGCGUGCACCCAAUCUUAUUUCUAGACAUUAACCCAUUCAGCUGCAAUGCGCUCUACAGUAACACGCCCUACUUUAUAUUUUACUCUGUUGCUAGAUGAUUUACUUGUCACUGUGAAGAGUCUUUUGCAGAUUAUUUGGGUUAACCAAAAAAUCUGCCAACACCUAACACUAAAAUCUUCCAACAUAGAUUACUUUAUUAAUUAACAAGAGUGAGUUAGUUAUGGGUUUAAUAAAUUAAUGUGGGUAAAUUUAACAAUAACAUGAAAUCAAUUAAGAAUUAAAAAUCUACCUAACAAUAAGUAUGAAAUCAACCAGAUUUUAAGCUUCAAAUCAAGAAACCUAGCUCCUUUGUCUCUACUAAUAUUAAGAAAUACUAACCAUUUGUCCCUUGUUAUUAUUCAUGAUGUACAGGUGAAAAAAUGUCGUAAACGGCCAGUACCUAGGCAAACAACUACAACAGUUAGUGAUGAGUUGCCACAAUACCAUACAGCAUCCAGAAUUGAAACAUCUGAAGUUCAGGAAGAUCCAAUGUCUGCUCCUCAGGAAGAAGGUCCAUCACCUAAAAAGAAAUGUUUAUCAUCACUUGACAAAAUGCAGCAGGAAGUAGAAACGAAAAAUGUAAAGAUUGAAAAAUUACAAAGAAAAUUAAAAUCAUCGCAACAAAAAUCUAGGCGUCUAAAAAGAAAGGUCACUUCCUUGAAGAAAAUUGUGAAAUCACUUAGAGAUCACCAUCUUAUCUCUACUAAAUGUGAGGAAAUGCUAAAUGAGACAUUUUCUGGAGUACCAUUGGCUUUAAUGAAGAGGAUGACAGCAAAAAAGUCAGGGAAAGGAAGAAGAUACUCACCAGUGUUGAAGUCGUUUGCAUUGACAUUGCAAUUUUACUCUGCCAAGGCGUACGAGUUUGUCAGGAAAACUUUUGAUAUUGCUCUUCCAAGUCAAUCGCAAAUUAGACGAUGGUAUGGAAAAGUUGCUGCAGAUCCCGGCUUCACUAAACCAGCUUUCAAUGCCCUUAAAGUAAAGGUUGAAGAUGCCAAGAAAAAUGGGAAGGAAGUCAUUUGCUCCUUAAUGCUGGAUGAAAUGGCCAUCAAAAAGAAUAUAUGGUGGGAUGGCAAAAAGUACCAUGGCUACGUUGAUCUUGGAAAUGGUGUUGUUGAUGAUACUUUACCUCCAGCAAAAGAUGCAUUGGUGUUCAUGGUGGUCAGUCUUAAUGAGUCUUGGAAAGUUCCUUGUGGUUACUUUUUCGUAGACGGACUCAGCGGUGUAGAACGGGCAAAUCUUGUGAAAGUCUGUAUUCAGCGCUUACAUGUUGGUGUUAAAGUCUCAGCCCUAAUAUGUGAUGGUCUUUCCUGUCAUUUUAGCAUGUUAUCUGCCCUUGGAGCAAUCUUGAAAGCGUCUAACAUGGUUCCAUAUUUCCCACACCCUCAAGAUAAGAAGGAGAAAAUUUAUGUCCUGCUUGAUGUCUGUCACAUGUUAAAGCUGGUGAGGAAUACACUGGCAGAAGGAGGGAUAUUGUAUGAUAAAGAUGGUGGAAAGAUUGAAUGGCAGUAUUUGGUCCAGCUUGAAAUGCUUCAACAUACAGAAGGGCUCCGACUCGGUAACAAAUUGAAGAUGGCUCACAUCAAGUGGAAGCAGCAAAAGAUGAAGGUCAACUUGGCUGCACAAGCUUUUAGUUCAAGUGUCGCUGAUGCUAUUGAGUACUGUGCCAACGAAUUGAAACUCCCGCAAUUUCAAGGUAGCGAAGCAACAGUGAAGUUUUUACGCACUUUUGAUCGCCUGUUUGACAUCCUUAAUUCCAGAAAUCCACUUGCAAAAGGUUACAAGUCACCACUUCGUGUCAGCAACAAAAGUUCAUGGAGUCCAUUUCUUGAUGAGGCAUAUCAGUAUAUUCUCGGCCUAAAAAAUCCAGCUGGUCAAGCAAUGCACACAACACGAAGGAAGACUGGUUUUAUUGGAUUCUUCGUUGCAAUUAGAAGUACCAAGGACAUCUUCCAUACACUUGUUGAGGCUAAAGAUGCUCCACUGAAAUACCUGCUCACCUACAA